UGGAAUGGACAAAACUGAAAUCCACGUGUCACUCACUUGUGUCACUCCGCCCCUAGAGUGUGCUGAUUCGCAGCUUCCCAAAACCGCACAAACGCCACAGCAAAAGGAACAAGGAAUCCCCACCGCCUCGCGAAUCGCCAUGGAUAGCGCUCUCCUCCACGACGCCGUCGCCGUCUCUCCCAAUCCCAAGCUCAAGCGCCCCUGCUGCUACCCGACCUCCGAUCCCAAUCAAUUCGACGCGCUCUUGGAAUCCUUCCUUGAUUUCCACGAUUCAUCGUCGAUCGCUCUCGACCUCGCCAUCGAUCGCAUAAUCGAGUCUAGCCCCCACGAUUCCGAGAAGAAUGAUGUCAUCGACCGUGCUCUCCGGCUCGGCUCGGCCCUCACUGAAGCGGCUAAGCGAUCCGCUAGGAGGCGCGCAUCCAUGCACAACGCCGUCGUUUGGGCUCUGCCGUCUGAUCUCACUAUUAAGGUAUUCUCUUUGCUCGAUACACAGAGUGUAUGUCAUGCAGCUGCUACGUGCUCCUUCUUCAAUAAGUGUGCUGCUGAUCCAUUGUGCUAUUCCAAUAUUAACUUAACCACAGUCGUGCCAAGGGUCAAUAACAUAGUAGUUUCCACAAUGAUUCAACGAGCUGGAAAAGUACUGCGGUCCCUUAAGCUUGGGAUUGUCCCUAGCCCACCUGUUGCAUCACUAGGUUCGUCUCAAGCUCUUGUUUAUUCUAUGAGAAAUUCCUCAGAUACAUCAGGAUUUUCAUGGAAUGAUAAAAGGUCGAGACAGGGAAAAGAGACAUUUGUACUUACUAGGUCUUGCUUGGCACCAUUGAUUGGUGAUGGUGGUACUCCAGGGGCUCUUUUGAAAAGAUUACACCUGUAUAACAUAGAAAGAAUGGACAACACAGCAUUUGGAGCUGCUAUAGCAGCUUGCCCUUCUUUGCUUGAUCUAGAAAUUGUUGGCCUACAUGUGGAGCUAAGGCAAACCCUGGAGUCAGUGAGUAGAUCUUGUCCUCUAAUAGAGCGUCUAUUUUUUGAAUCAUCAAAAACAGGUAGAGAUGACAGCUUAAAAUUACCAACAUGCAAUGAUCUAGUGAAUAACUGCCCAUAUUUAUCCUCGUUGGCACUUCGAGGAUUUAAGUUGCAUGAUCCUAAAGUCCGUGUCAUUGUCAAGGGAUUGCGUAAUUUGAAGUUCGUUGACUUUUCAACAUCCUAUGCCAUCACUGGUGAAUUUCUUAGAAAUCUAGGUGGCGGUGGAGGUGGAAGCUUACUGGAAGUUUUGAUUUUACGGGAUUGUAUGCAUUUGAGAGAAGCAGAAGUUUCCAGGUUGCUUUCGGCGAUUCUUGCAGGACGUUUCAAGCUUCUUGAGCACCUUGAUGUAUCUAAUCGAGAGGGGCUGGCAUCUGAUGAUGACUGGUACCAGAGAUGUUGCACCCCAAGUUUCAUGUCUUUACGCGAAUUAUUGGAAGAAAGGCCCAAUCUAAGGGUGCUUGCAGAUUUUCCUGCUGAAGGAAGUUUUGUGGAAGAGCCAAUGACCAGCAGUGAUGUCAACGUUGAUACCAACUCACCCUCCUUGGCGAGCAGUCAUACUUCUGGGGAAUAUGUAUUCACUAGCUCGUCGGAGAGCAGUUAUAAUAGCGACCAAAGUAGUGGUAAUGAGGACUACCCUAAUGCCAGUUUUCCAGCUCAUGAAGAGAGUUCAGAUGAGGUGGAUGACUUAUAGAGAGAUGAUGUCAACAUCUCAGGCCAGUUGGAACCUGCUGUAUAACUGGUACAAUCUCCGCAUAUCAGGUCAUGAUUGAAACUUGUUGCACCGACCUUGUUCUUAUUUCCAUAAAUGUGGCCUCUCAGUAAAAUAUAGUGAACUGUUGGAUGCGCCACCGUGCUCUCCAGUGGAGGCUUUCUGAAAAAUGUCUUUUGUAAAAAAAAAUCCGAUGUGCAAAAAGCUGUUGCAUAAAUUAAUCCACAUGAUGUUUCUGCUUUUUCAA